AUGGCAACCCCCGCUCAUUGCUAUUACUGCUUUGAGUGCCUCGCCGCCUCGUAUAAAGGCCAAGAGCACAUUAGCCUCACAGCCGUGGAGGAGCUAUGGGAACGAUACGAGCAAUUUAAGAAAGUUUCCGCUCUCCAGGACAACGAUGAGUCGGUUUCUCUGCGGGAGAGCGCGAGUCUUGGCCUGCAGUCUGGAGAUGACGAUGAUGGCAUAGACGAUGUAUCCUCUAAACCCAAGAACGGCCCGCGGGGACUGAAAUUACCAAAUAUCAGCCGCCUCCAGAGCCAGGCCUCAUCGGAUUCGAGCUCCGCCACCACACCCUCGAGUAAUUCCUCACACUCAGGCCUAUCUGGUUCCACUCCUACUACCACCAUGACCACACCAAGCUCACAGUCGCUGCAAUCUGAUGCGAGCGGCUGGAGACGUCAAAGGGCAAAAGAUCAGCAGUAUCCGUUAUUUGUAACUUGGAACACCCUCUCCAGGAGCGGCCGUAAGUCACUUCGCGGUUGUAUUGGGACUUUCGAGGCGCAGGAACUUGCUGCAGGUCUAGAGUCCUACGCUAUGACUUCUGCGUUCGAAGAUACCCGCUUUACUCCAAUUCCAGCCGCCGCUAUACCUACCCUGUCAUGCUCUUUAACCCUCCUUGGGUCCUUUGAGCCCUGCACUAACGCUCUAGAUUGGGUUCUCGGGGUCCAUGGAAUCCGUAUCUCUUUUAUUAACCGCGGUCGACGCUACGGUGCAACCUACCUACCGGACGUUCCUGUGGAGCAAGGAUGGACCAAAGAGCAGACAUUGAAAAGCUUGAUGGAGAAAGCAGGCUGGGAUGGUGGCCACGAAAGCAUGACUAGGAGAUUUCUAAGAGGUAGCAGCAGUGGAGGUCACACCUCCAACUCCAACAAGCCAUGGGAGCAGGUCUCCGACUUCCGAGUCGUCAAGUAUCAAGGGCUGAAGGCCUCUGCGAGCUACGCCGAAUGGCAGGAAUGGCGGCAGUGGGUUCUCUCUCUGGGGGAUGGGAGUGAGAAGUUGUUGGGUUCAGCUGUAUGA